AUGUCGUCAUUCGGUUUUGGCGGCGGCGCUCCUGCCGCAGAAACAGGACUUGAGCUACCGGAAGUUGAAACUUCAGAAAUAGGAUUCCUCGGACUCGAUAAGGAUUACAAUAUUCAAUUUCUUCCUACACCAUGGCCCGCAGAUGCUCUUCCGGCGCCGACGAGCUCUUUGUUGGCGAUUUCAAACUCGCAGGGCUUGGUGGUCGGUGGUGGUCCAGAGGGCCUCGUUUUAGCCACGACAAAGUCGAUUCGCGAAGCUAUCUCUACGAAGGCAGAAUCUGGGCCCAAAACAAAACCAUUUCAACCCCAGGCACACAUCUCGUUACCUAGCCGUCCGACACAUGUUGCCUUUUGUGCUGCCGAGAGUGCGUUAGCCGUAGCUAUGGAAUCGCAUAGUCAGCUGGUUAUUUACAAUGCCACGACCCUUGGAAGCGGCAAUCCUCAACCUCAGAUCUCCAUUAAUACGAACGGCCCACUUCGCGCUUUAGCCGCCAAUCCUUCAUCAGAUAGCAAUCUUUCUCCCUAUGUCGCCUUGAUCACAGCAAAUGGUGAUCUUCUAGUCGCAGACUUGAAGGCGGGCUCUUUACUCAAUGGUCAAUCAGGGCCGGUGUUCAGGAGUGGAGUUUCAUCUGUCGCAUGGAGUAACAAGGGCAAGCAGAUGGUUGCUGGCCUCGUAGACGGCAACUGUGUUCAACUAGACCCCCAAGGGGUAGUCAAAGCCGAAAUCCCUAGACCCCCAGCGCUUGAGGGUAACAAACAUGUAUCAUCCAUAUCGUGGUUGGAAAACGAUAUUUUCUUUGUGGUCUAUACACCCAACGAAAGCGAAGAUGAAAGUGGUAUGGUUCCUGACUCGGACACUUAUAUCAUUGAGCGCCGUAAACAGCAACCCUUUUUGUACCGACAGAUGCCAGUUCUAUGCGCACCAUUUGGUCUUAAGAGGACCCCGGCAUAUCAUUUCACCACUCGGCUCAGCAAUUAUAAUCCUGACUUGAAGGAUGCAUUGGUUAUAUCCUCUACUGCUUCAACCGAUAUUGGCCUGGUUACAAGAGUAACAACACCAUUCAAAGAAGCCGAUGAUACAAGCAGAAAUGUCUUCACUACAACGACUGUUCUGGAAGAGACUAGACGAGCAACUCUGCCUCUGAAUGCAGAUUCUGAGGACACAUCCACCAUUGGCCUCGUCCUUGACUUGACAGCCACGGAGCCCGUAUCAUAUGAUGUGGAAAAGGAAACCAAGACCCCUCUUCCUAAUAUUAUGGUACUUACAAAUGCGGGCAUUCUUUCAUCAUGGUGGUUCCUUUACUUGAAAGCGAUCGAAGCUGGAUUGCCGUACAAUACCACUGCGACAACAAUCACUACACAACAAGCUCCAACCCCACCUCCUCCGUCCACUCCUGCUCCUGCACUCGCACCGGCUCGGGAUGCCCAGCCAUCUUUUGGAAAACCGUCCUUUGGGCAGCCGUCUUUCGGCCAAACUAGCUUUGGCACACCUCAGCCUCAACCUAGUGUAUUUGGAAAGCCCUCCGGACCAUCUACAACACCUUCCUUUGGCUCAACAUCCAUGGUAGGAUCUUCUCAGAAGCCUACAUUUGGCGCACCAUCAAUUGUUGGCGGAGGAACCAGCUUUGGAUCAACAACACCCGACAAGCCUUCCUUUGGAAGUCCUGGGGCUUUGGGACAACGUGGACCACAGUUCGGUCAACCUGGCCUUGGUCUUGCGGCAAACUCCAGGCCAGCGUUUGGCCAAACGGGCAGCCUAGGAGGCAAAGGGUUCGGUAGUUUCUCAUCACCUAGUUCGGGUCAAUCAAGCUUCAACACAGGAGCUGCUGCAGCUGGAGGCGGUUUUAGCAAUUUCGCCAAAAGCGGCGGGUUUGGAUCUGUAGUUUCAUCGCAGCCUGCGGAAAGCCCUUUCGGAAAACCAGCAACUGAUAGUCCAUUUGGAAAGCCAACACAGCCUGCGGAAAGCCCCUUCGGAAAACCAGCGACGAAUAGUCCAUUUGGAAAGCCAGUACAGCCUGCCGAAAGCCCCUUCGGAAAACCAACGACGGAUAGUCCAUUUGGAAACCCAGCACAGCCAACAUUUGGACUUCCCAGUACACAAUCCGCUUUUGGAACUACGCAGACCAUUGACGAGUCCAAGUCACCUUUUAGUCUUCCCAAGGGAGGCUUCAACAUAGGGUCCACAUUCAAAGCAGAUGAAAAAUCAGCUGCAGAUAACGAGCCAGGAUUCGGAAAGCCAUCAAAGGCAGGAGCAUUCUCACUAGGUUCAUCAUUCAGCAAUCUACUUGGCGAUGAUGCCAAAAAGACUAGCCCUCCAACAGAAUCUAUGGAUGACUCAAAAGACAUAUCUGCAACACCAGCGCGUGAGAAACAAUCUAUAACCCUAUUCGGAAAACCCUCAACAUUCGGUACACCACAGGGUCCGGUGACCGGUCCUCCCAAGACCUCCGGCCUAUUCGGUACUCAAUCUCAGUCAAAUAUCACACCUGCGGCGACUCAAAGCAGCCAGCCAAUAUCACUUUUUGGAAGUGCUUCUACAGCUAUGCCACUUAGCCCAUUGUCUUCUCUGUCGGAGAAGACCGUGGUGCCUGCUUUGAAUUUAGAGAGGGAAAAGAGCGUUGAAACACCACUACCUCCUGAUGCUACAAGUAGAGCCGCGUACGGACCCGGAGAUACAUCAGCUUCGUCCAAUGUUUCUAAGAGUUCAUAUGAUGAUGCGCCUUUGCCUCCCGAUUUCUUAGGAAAGUCAAAGAAAUUACCCGAGCCGGAAGCUGCACCUUUACCCCCAGAUUUCUUGUCCGGUCCCAAAAAAGCCAACAAAAAACCAUUGGAGGCAGAAGCGGCACCUCUACCCCCUGAUUUUCUCCCCAAGCCGAAGGAAACGAAGAAGCCUGCAGCUGACCUUCCUUUACCUGUUAAGGAAGAAUCUAUUUCACUCCCACCUGAGUCAGAUGGUUCGGACGGUGACUUUGAAGAUAGUGGAGAGGAAAUUACUCAUGAUAUUUCACCGCCAAAUGAACCCGUAGAGUCGGAGUCUGCUAGUUUCAAAACAUCACCUGAAAGCUCCUUUGGUGGAACUUCCCGCAAGGAACCCACUGGGGGUCUGUUUACAAAGGUCACUGCUCCAGAACCACAGUCUCGAACACAGCCAUCGCGGCCGUUAUUUGGCGAAAUUUCGCAGCCAAAUAUUCCCCCUCCAAAACCGCGAGCUGGUCCCAACAGCCCUCGAUCACCCAGUCCAGUGCGACCAGGUGCAAGGAGAGGCCACCUUCGUCCAGAACAAGUCCGUUCGACAAGCGCGCCCAUUGUUCCCGGAUCUAUGUUUGGUGGUUUUAAACCGACUCCGUCAAAACCUCCGCCAUCCCGAUUCGAGGAGCCUCUUAGCCAAAGCGAUCUUAUCGAAAAGGAAGAGUCCAAGGCAGCAGCCGCUGAAAGCAAACGGCUUGCUUCUGAAGCCGACCAUUUGUCAUCAGACGAUGAAGACUCAUUAAGACGUGCAGAGUUAGAGCAGCCACUCGUUCCUGCUCCAACACUGGAUCCUUUCGUACCACGACAAGAGUACAGCGGAGAGCACUUCAAGCCUGGAGUUCCUGGGCAGAUCGAGAGACUUUAUCGUGAUAUUAACUCAAUGGUUGAUACACUUGGUUUGAAUUCGCGUUCCAUUGCCUCUUAUAUCUUGCAUGAGGAAGAGAAUCGUACUGUUGACCUUAGCGAAUGGCAACAGAUUCUGUUCAGUGAUACACCGACGCAUCUUCUAGACCAGAAGCUUUCAAUUUCUGACAUCGAGAAUAUUGAUAGACUGCUAAUGUUUCUCGCAGCUGGUCUUGAGGAACAACGCUUGAGCAAUGUACAAGAAAAAAUCAACGAAUGUCAACGACUCUUGAGUCAUGAUAUUUUCAACCUUCGUGAUCAAUGUGCUUAUAUUCAAAAAGCACUCGAUUCAUACACAGAUAUGGUCUCUAUUCGUGGUCAACCUCUGUCGGCGGAACAGGCAAGUCUGCAAGAAGACCUGCGGAAGGCAUCCACCACUAUUCAAUCUCAGCUGUCAGGGUUAGAGCAAGGUAUCUCGUUAUUGAGGGCCAAGAUUGCCGAUUCUCCCAGUGCGAAUAGAUCUAUGUCCGGGCGAUCGGUGACCAAGAAACCAACCGUAGAAGCUGUUACGUCGACUAUAGCUACGAUGAUGAAUAUGGCCGAGAGUAAAAGCAGCGAUAUUGAUGUUCUGGAAGCACAAAUGAAGAAGCUUGGGAUCGAGCUCCGCGCCUCCACCAGUCGGGAAGGCUCUCCUGUCUCCACACCCGUUAAGAAAACCGGCUUCCGAGUGCCUGUCACUCCGGACUCUGAUGCAGGACGCAGCCCCUAUCAGACUCCGUUGUCUGCUAGUAGGUUUCAGGCCAGCGUCAAUGGAUCGGCGAGGCACAAUCGUCUUCGUAACGUCAAUUUUCAGUUGGAUCCCGUUUCGAGCCAGGAUAGCGACGAGUAUAAGGUGCGGACCCGACGGCGAAAGGAAAUCGCUAGUAAUCUCAAAAAGGCGAUUGGAGAACGAAAAGUCAAGGUUCGGACUAUGGAUGACGAGUGA